AAUUGUAUUCAUCAGCAUUAAGGAUAUGCUGGCCACCUCCAAAAGUGAGCAAUUACAAGCUUCCUAUCAACUCUACAUCUUCUAUACAAAGUAGUUUAAACCAAAGAAGUAGAGUUCCAAUACAAUUCCAUUUUACUUUAUGUAUGGAAUUGGACCUAUCUUUAAAGCAUCUUCCAUUUCUUUCCUUCCAUAUUGGCCACCAUAUACAUGAUGGUAUUAAUCUCCACCAUCUCUUUUGACUUUUACUUCCUCCCCUCAUAAUCUAGCAACUCAAAAGAUCCGAUGUGUGCUCUGUCAUUGUCCAGCUAGUGCUUGUCUUGUUGAGGAAAAGGUUCCAUAGCUGAGUGGUGAACUUACAAUGUAAAAAUAGAUGCUUAUUGGUUUCCCCCGUUCUGUUGCAAAGAAAAUACCUGGGAACUAGUUGUCUACCUUUCUUUUAUAAGACAUCUUGUGUAAGACAAGCUCUCCUAAUCACUCACCAAGUAAAACCUUUCACUUUGGCGGGCAUGACACUCUUCCAGUAGUACUUCCAAGGAUAUUGUGUUCCCCUAGUCAUCUCAUGUAUUCCGUUGUUAUAUGCACUUUUGACUGAGAAACCCCAUCCGUGCUUAGCUUCCACAAGACCCUGUCUGUUGCUGCUGGGGUAAUGGAAAUUCCACCUAAAGUUCCUAACAGAGCUGCCACCCUCUCUAUUUCCCAAUCAUUAAGCAUUCUCCUAAAUGAUAUGUUCCAUCCCUGCUCUGUCCAACAAUCACACACUCUAUCUUCAGGAUUCUCACAAAUGAGGAACAGAUCUGGGAAAAGAUCCUUGAGAGAGGCUUAAUUAACCCAUCCACCCUUCCAAAAUUUUGUUUUGUUUCCAUUCCCCACUUUGAGAUAUAGGUUUGCUUCCAUCUGUGGCCAAAGAUUUCUGAUUGUUCUCCACACACCCACACCAUAAGGUUCAGAAACAUUCUCUGUACACCAGGGGUUUAUUUCGCCGUACUUUGCUACUAUAAUCUCCUUCCAUAGUGCUUUUUCCUCAGCAGUGUAUCUCCACCGUCACUUCAUCAAUAAAACUCUCAUUUUGCAACCACAAAUUUCUGAUUCCCAGCCCACCUCUUUCUUUGCUUAGAACACAGUCUUCCAGUUUACUAGACAAUAACCUUUCCCUUCUUUAUUUCCAUGCCACAGAAAGUUCCUCCUUAGCCUGUCUAACUUUUCCACAACUUUUGCUGGGAUUGGAAAUAAAGACAUCACAUGGUGGGUAAGGAAUCUCGAACAGAAUUUAUCAAUAUAUACACACACACACAAAAUUGCUUCUAGAAAUGUUGGAGUCCUUAAGUGAGUACCACUUGUUUCCAAUUAUUGAAUGGAGAAGGCCUGGAUGAACCAUGUGGCUAAUUUACUAUUGAAAGUAGCCUUUCGAUUCCAGUGUAGCUCUUUUACACCAAAAAAAUUGAUUAAUGAAAGAUGGGAGAUACAAAGAAGAAUGAACUUCAUCAUAAUCUGCAAAGUAGGAUUUGGAUCCUGCAAUACAAUUAAUGGAUAAUUUUUCAUUUCAUGUAUAAACUUCAGUUGUAGAUCAUCUCUAUUGACAAACUAAAAUUAAUUCAUUUUAUUGAACUUCGACUCAUUUUAUUGUUAAAUUGAACCUUAACUCUUUUUUUAUUGAUAAACUGAACCUCAACUCUUUUAUUAUCGAUUUACACAGUGUAUCCACUUUUUUACGUGUGGGACUAUUAUAAGUAGCAAGUAUUAGCUGCGCUAGUGAUAGUGAAAUUUGAAUUGGUUAUGUGUUGGCUUGAUAUCGCAAUGAGUUUUAGGCAAUUAACUUACCUACUUGCCAUUGCCUUAUGGCUCAUAAGUAAAUUAAAAAUAAAAACCUUAUACCUUUUUCUAGCUUGUGACAUAAAGAAGGAAGGGAAAAAGGGAGCUAGUUUUGGUGGAAGAGAAGUAAAAGAGAGAUUUAUGUUGUACGUCCUGUCUAAUCUGUAAGGUCUUAAAAUAUUUGUAUGUGUUGAAGAGUCUCACAUCAGCUGAAAAGGGUGGUCUCCUUAUAUGGUCUUGGGUAAUCCUUCUCGCAUGAUCUCACUUUUGAGGUUGAGCUAGGUCCAAAAUUCAUUUCUAAACAUGAUAUGAAAACAUGACCCAUUUUAGUUCUUGUUUACCAAUGUUGAGCCUCAAUAUAAAAUUGUCCUCACUCUAAAUGUCCAACCUGGCUUGAGGUGGGGGUGUUGGAGAGUCCUUCACCGGAUGCAAAAGGGAUGAGUGGUCUCUUUAUGUGAUUUUGGGCAAUCCUUCCCUCUUGAGGUAGCUUUUGAAGUUGAGUAAGGUCUAAGAUUCACUUUUUAACACCAUGGAAGUGCGGGCGCAUGGUACGUGUCAUAUUCGGUCGAUGCUAUUCAGAUACUUUGACCAAGGUCCAGAAUAAAUUUUGGGAAAAGAUUGAGAAUGCAAAAAACUCGGCCACCUGAGAUGGAUGAACUUCGACAACAAUUUUGAUAGAGAGGGAGUAGGAAUGAGCUAGGGUUGAGGUUUUGGUGUAUUUUGUAGAGGCAGCGGCAGUAUGAUUAAAUUGAGAAUAUAAAACUUGUGUUUUACAGAGAUUUUUCGAAAUGUCUUGUUUACCCUUACUGGCCUCCAUGUUUCAACUAAAAUUAUUUUAACAUCUGGGCCUAACCACUUCUUGUAACAUUUUACCUUUCAUGGGCCUAAUGUUUCUAUUUUAACAUUUGGUCCUAUUGUUUCUUUUAUGUAUCACUUUACGAACAUGAAAGAAUGAAUGAUUAAAUUUUUUACGAAAUAUUUCAAAUUAUAGAAUAUCUUUAUAACUCUAUUUUUCUAAUGUUGAAUGUUUUAGCCGAAUCGUCGCAUUCGUAUAUGUUAAAGUGUAACUGUCUAACCAUCACAUCUAAAAGCUUAAGCUUUUAGAGAGAUCACACUUUAAUUAUAUAAUGAUAUUCCCAACACGCCCCCUCACGUGCAUGCCUGAUUCUUUUUCAUGGGUCAAACACGUGAAUUCUUUUUAAUUUGGGUUGUGGUGAGAUUCAAUCUCAGAACCUCUGCCUGCUCUGAUACCAUGUUUAAGUGUGUAACCAUCUCAUCUAAAAGCUUAAGCUUUUAGAGAGGUCACACUUUUAUUAUUUAAUGAUAUUCUCAACCGUAUCUAUACACACAUUAGUACUCCUGAAUUUUAAAAUUUAAAUUUUGCCGAAUCUAACUCUCGGAUUCGCACCCGUCUCAGUUCUUAGAUACCUACACCCGAGUCUGAGCAACAUAGGUUUUUCCUCAUCCCUUCCACAUAUUUUUUGAGAAUGAUAACUUUUUUUCCUAUUUAUCUACAGGUAUACUACAUCAAAGUAGCCCCCUCCAAAAGUAUUACAAACUAGACUGACUCCAUCUGUGCUUUUUGUCACAAUUAGUCUAUAACAUCAAAGUUCUUCUGCCUGUACUAAAACCUCUUUCUGUUUACACCAAAAAAUAAUUAAGAGCUAUACAAUUCAUCUUAAAAUUCUGCAAAUUGUUCUUGCCCUCAAAACAUCUUUGAUUCCUUUCUUUCCACACUGUGCACCAUAUACAAGCUAGGACAAUCCUUUAUCUCUCCUCCUUAAUUGUAGUAUUGCCUAUAUUGAUCCAACAUUUUAGGAGUUGUGCUAUGUUUCUUGGUUUCACCCAAGUGAUCUUCCUAACGCUGCUGAAUAUUCUCCAUAAUUGAUCUGUCCAUUUGCAAUGCAGAAAGAGAUGGUUGACUGUCUCUGUCUGUUCCUCACACAAAUAGCAUCUUGAGCAUAGUUGGAACUUCCUCUUCUUUAUAUUUUCUUGUGUUAGCAUUGCUUCCUUUGCUAGUAACCAGGCGAAGCAGUUUACCUUGUAUGGGAUUUUAGGUUUCCAUAUCAUCUGCCAUGGCCAGAGCUCCAUCCUGUCAUUUGAAUUUGAAUGAUUGAGAUCUUUGUAAGCUGACUUGACACUGAAAGCCCCUUUGCUGCCGAUCUUCCACACAACCUUGUCUUCUUCCCUAGUUAGAUUACUAAAUUGUGCCAUUGUAUCAUGGAAGGCCACUAUGUUCCCCAUCUUCCAAUCAUUUAAAUUCCUCCUAAGAUGUAAGUUCCACCCCGGUCCUGUCCACGUUUCAGCCACAGUUGCAUUGUGUUGCAAGCUCAGUGCAUAUAAGUCUGGGAAUAAUUAUUUCAGGGUUCUUUGGGCUAUCCAUCUGUCCUCCCAAAAUGACACCUUCAUUCCAUUACCACCUAGAAUCUGAUUCUAGAACGAAACCGAGACCAAAGAUUUCUUACUGUUCUCCAGAUACCACAUUCAUAUGGUGUAGUUACCAUCUUUGUCAUCCACCUAUUCUCCAUUUCAUAUUUUGCCCUAAUCACCUCUCUCCAUAGCAUAUUCUCUCCUGUCAUAAACUUCCAAAGCCAUUUCAGCAUUAGGCUUUUGUUUUGUUUCUUCAUGUUCCUAAUCCCCGUCCCUCCCUCUUUCUUGUUUUUUAUGACCUCUUCCCACUUGACUAGAUGAAACUUCUUUUUGUCUUCAUUUCCCAGCCAAAAGAAAUUUCUUCUCAAAGCAUCUAUCCUCUGUAUGACCUUGUCUGGUGCUGGGAACACAGACAUCAUAUAAGCAGGUAUUGCAUCUAGCACACUAUUAACCAUGGUCAAUCUACCUCCCCUAGACAGAUAUUGGCUCUUCCAGUUGGUUAGCUUCUUUUCUCAUUUGUCUAUCACUCCAUUCCAGAUCCCUAUUGAUUUGCUUUUUCCCCCCAAUGGCAUACAAUCCCUUCCGCAUUUUCACAUGAACAAACAUUUUCGAAAAGAACAUAGUCAAUGAUAGGAACUUAUAAGUGUUUAAAGAAGUCCCCAUAUAGAGAUCUAGAGAUAUAGUUUGCUGUAAAGCGAGUUUGAUUGUUGAAAGUAACGAGACCACAUUAAACCAAAAUCAUUGAUCUCAGACUAGGGAAAAAUGGAAAAUAAAUCAUUUCUGUCAGUUCUCAUUGCUUUGUGUAGGCGACAAAGUAGGACAAUGAAAUGAAGUAGGUCCAUUUCCUUUCCUUUCUAUUGAUUGAGACCUAGUCUCUCUCUUUGGUCUGUAGCCUUGGGUUAUACACUUUUCCUUAAGACAGAAGUUUUGCCCACUUCAAAAACAUGUAUUCCGUCGAAGGCAAAGAGGUUUUCAGUAACCCUAGAGCUAGUUCAACUUGAAGACUGUCCUCUCUAUAUCAGGGUUAUGAAAGGCGCUCGCCUCAUCGCCAAAGGCGAGAGGCGAGGCGAGGCGAGGGUGUCUCGCCAUUCACUGCCGAGGCGAGGCGAGGUGAAAAAGGCGAGAUAAAGGCGCUGAAAUGGCGAGAUAAAGGCGCCGCCUUUUUGAUUAAAAAAAUUUUGACUUAAUAGUUUUAGUCAAAAUUAGGGUUUUUGUUUUUACUUUCGAAAACCUCUGAAACUCGCGACUCUCUCUCUCUCUCUCUCGAUCGAUCGACUCCUCUUCUCCCUCGCCGGCCCUCGCUGCUCCCUCGCUGUCCCUCGCCGGCCCUCGCUGCUCCCUCGCUGCUCCCUCGCUGUCGCGACUCGCGUCUCUGCUUCCUCGCUCUCCCUCGCUGUCGCGUGUCUUCUCCGUCGCCGGCGACCUCGCGACUCUCUGUUUUCAGCGAAUUAAUUGAAUUUGAUAAUCAAUGGCGGAUGCUAGCAAAAAGAGGGAUAUUGGAUGGAAUUAUGGCACUCAAGGAGCGACGAAAGAUUCGGUCACUUGUAACUUUUGUGGGAGUACUUUCAAUGGUGGAAUAACGCGACACAAACAACAUUUAGUGGGUGGUUUCAAAAAUGUUAAACAAUGUGCCGCUUGUCCGUCGGAAAUUAGAGAAGAAAUAAGGGCUUAUAUGCAAAACAAAAUAGCUAAUAAUCCCAAAUUUCAAAUGAGGCAACCGGAAGAAUUUGUUGAUAUUGAUGAUCUUGAUGAAAUGGAUGAUUAUGCGGAAAUGAGGCCUCCCUCCAAAACUCAAAGGAUAUCUUCUAGUGGAGGUUCAUCCACCGCACGGAGUGUGACGAAAGGACCUUUGAACCUCUAUUUUUCACAAAAAUCAACACAAAAAGGAGGCUUAGAAAAAGGAGGAGGAAUCGAAGAAACAAAGAAAAUUCUAAGAGAGCGUGCGGUAAGUGCUUUUGCAAUUUGGAUGUAUGAUGCCGGGCUCCCUUUUAAUUGCGUCAACCACAAAUCAUUCGAUAAAUUUAUUGAGGCGGUUGGACAACAUGGCCCCGGAAUGAAGCCUCCUACAUUCCAUGAAGUUAGAGUCACUCACCUUAAAAAAGAGGUGGAUAAAGUAGAAAAAAUUGUUGAGGAGCAUAAAGUGCAAUGGACAAAGUUUGGUUGUUCCAUUAUGAUGGACAAAUGGACGGCACGAAAUGGCAAAAUGAUCAUCAAUAUUUUGGUGAAUUCUCCAAUCGGUAGUGUAUUUCUUGGUUCGGUUGAUGCUAGCAAUGAAUCUACCGAUUCCACCAAAAUGUACAAGUUAUUUGAAAGCACUAUCGAAAGAAUUGGACCGGAAAAAGUGGUACAAAUUGUCACCGAUAAUGCUAGUGAGAAUGUCAAAGCGGGAAGUAUGAUAAUGGGUGCGUAUCCACACAUUUAUUGGACUCCAUGUGCCGCUCAUUGCAUCAACUUGAUAUUUGGUGACAUAUUCAAGGUUAAGCCAUAUGCUUCCGUUUUUAAGAAGGCCAUCAGAAUCCAUUCUUACAUUAGUCAAAGGCCAUUGUUGUUAAACUUGAUGAGAAAAUUCACCAAAGAAAGAAAUUUGGUGAAACCGGCCAAGACAAGAUUUGCAACGGCAUUCUUAACUUUGAGAGCUAUGUACAUUCAAAGAAAAAACUUGAAAACUUUAGUCCUCUCAACCGAAUGGAAUUCAAGCAAAUUUGCAAAGGAAACUUCGGGGAAAGAAGUUGCCAAUCUUCUUAUUUCUAUCCACUUUUGGAAUGAUGUUGUUCGGGCACUUACAGUUUGUAGCCCUUUGACAAAAGUGCUUCGUUUGGUGGAUGGGGAGAAAAAACCACCAAUGGGUUAUAUUUAUGAGGCAAUGGAUAGAGCCAAAGAAGCUAUUGCACAUGGUUUUCGUGGAGUUCAGAAGCAUUAUGAGAAAGUGUUUCAAAUUAUUGAUGCAAGGUGGUCAGAACAACUCCAUCGGCCUUUGCAUGCUGCAGGCCAUGUUUUGAACCCAGGAUUAUAUUAUAAAGCUGAAGAAGAGGGAACUUUAUUACAGAGUUUGUGGACCGAGUAUUAUGCAUGUGUUGAGAAGUUGGUCCGUGAUACAACAAUACAAGAUGCACUAAUCGCUGAGCUUCCUAAGUACAAAAUGGCGGAUGGACUAUUUGGUUGUGGUCCGGCUAAAAGAGCUAGAGACACAAGGUCACCGGUUGAAUGGUGGUCACUAUUUGGUAGUGAAACACCAAACUUGCAAAAGUUUGCCAUGAAAGUGUUAAGCCUAACUUGUAGCUCAUCUGGAUGUGAGCGAAAUUGGAGUGUGUUUGAACACAUUCAUUCCAAAAAGAGGAAUAGGCUUACACUAUCGCGUCUCAAUGAUCUAGUGUACAUUAAGUACAAUAGAACAUUGAAACGCCGUUAUGAUGCUCGUGAUCUUAUUGAUCCAAUUCGCUUGGAUAACAUAGAUGAUUCCAACGAAUGGUUAGUUGGAUGCCCCGAAGAUCAAGAUGAUGAACUAGUAUAUGAGGAUGAUGAUCUUACUUGGGGUAGUGUUGCUACGGCAAUUGGAGCGGACGAGAGUAUCUAUCAUCUUAGGGGACUUUCUUCAAGAUCAACAGUACUUGACAAGGGCAAAGGAGUAGAAAGUACAUCUUUAAGUUCAUCUUCAAGUAGGACUCGGACACUAAUUGAUGAAGAAUACGAGGAGGAAGAAGAUGAAGAGCAAUAUAAUGAUGUAGAAGAUUUUGAUCUUCAAGAGUUGGAUAAUUUUGAAGAAGAAUAGACUUUUAAAGUUUUGGUUUAUUGUAUUUUGAAUUGUUUGGUCUUUAAAGUUUUAGACAUUCUAUUGGUUUUUGAAUUGAAUAUUUGCUAAUAUGUGUUAUUGCUAUUAAGACUUUGGAUAAAAUAUGCAAUUAAAUAUUUUUAAUUUUUGGUAUUAA